AUGCCCAUGUACCAACCAAAGCUUGAUUGGCCGGACGCCAAAUUCCUCAACCUCUCUAGCGCCCUGUGUAAGGUAGCCGUUCGACUGCAAAGACCAUACGAAAGCGGUCCCCGCGCACGCCCCGUCACCCUCAUUCCAACCAAGAAGAUUACCGGAAAGGACAUCGACCUUGAUACACUCAAAGUGGUGUCGUAUCCGUAG